AAGCGCCGCCUCGGCAGGGCGGCCGCGCUCCCGCUGACGGCAGCGAAGAUGGCGGCGGCAGCGUCUGACCUGCUGACGGGAUGGUGCCUCUUCGGCCUGGCGCUGCUGGCCAUUCUAAUUUUCUGCUGGGUUUAUGUGCGCAAGUAUCAGAGUCGGCGGGAAAGUGAAGUGAUUUCUACCAUAACAGCAAUUUUUGCGUUGGCCGUUGCUCUUAUCACAUCAGCACUCCUGCCAGUGGACAUAUUUUUGGUCUCAUACAUGAAAAAUCAAAAUGGUACAUUUAAGGUCUGGGCUGAUGCUAAUGUUUCAAGGCAAAUUGAAGACACUGUACUUUAUGGAUAUUACACUCUGUACUCGAUCAUCCUGUUCUGCGUCUUUCUGUGGAUUCCCUUUGUCUAUUUCUAUUAUGAGGAGAAGGAGGAUGAUGAUGGCAACACAUGCUCACAGGUUAAAACUGCACUCAAAUACACUCUGGGAUUCAUCACAAUUUGUGCUGUUCUUCUGUUAAUUGGUGCUUUUGUUCCUUUGGAUAUUCCCAACAAGAAGAAUUCCACAGAGUGGGAGAAAGUGAAGCUCCUGUUUGAAGAAUUUGGAAGUAGUCAUGGCUUGACUGCACUUUCAUUUUCCAUUAGUUCCUUGACUGUGAUUGGAAUGUUGGCAGCUAUCACUUACACAGCUUAUGGUAUGUCAGCUUUGCCCUUAAACUUGAUUAAGGGGACUACCAGUGCAUCCUAUGAACGUUUAGAGAACACUGAAGAUAUUGAAGAAGUGGAACAGCAUUUACUGAGGAUUAAAUCAAAGUGCAGAGAUGGUCGUCCUCUGUCAUCGAGGGAUAGACGAACUUUACAACAACUAGAAGAUAGAUUAAGGACACUUCGAAGGAGAGAGAGGCAUCUGGAAUCUAUUGAGAAAAGCUGGUGGACAAAGUUCUGUGAAGCUAUUCGACCUCUAAAGAUUGUGUGGGGAGUAUUUUUCAUCAUUGUGGCAUUGCUCUUCACUGUCUCUCUGUUCCUGUCAAAUUUGGACAAAGCUCUGCAUUCGGCUGGCUUCGAUUCAGGAUUUAUAAUUCUUGGGACUAAUCUGACCAAUCCAUUAAAUAUGCUGCUACCGCUUCUUCAAAGAGUUUUUCCACUUGAUUAUAUUCUUAUCACAACCAUUGUUAUGUAUUUUAUCUUCACUUCAAUGGCAGGGAUUCGAAAUAUGGGAAUAUGGUUCUUCUGGACAAGGCUUUAUAAAAUCAGACGAGGAAAAACUCGACCACAAGCACUCUUAUUUCUCUGUAUGAUACUCCUGUUGAUAGUUCUUCAUACAAGUUACAUGAUUUACAGUCUUGCCCCACAGUAUGUAAUGUAUGGAAGCCAGAAAUACCUGGUGCAGAGUAAUAAGACAAUUGAUGGUCAGCCAAGGAAUGUGACACUUGUGUCUAAAGAUUGUGAUGCAGAUGCACCUGAAGAUCAGUGUAUUGUCACUCGGACGUACCUCUUUCUUCAUAAAUUUUGGUUCUUCAGUGCGGCCUAUUACUUUGGGAACUGGGCAUUCAUUGCAGUCUUUUUAAUUGGAUUAAUUGUUUCAUGCUGCAAAGGCAAGAAAUCAGUCAUCGAAGGUGAAGUAGAUGAUGACGAUUCAGAUAUGAGUGAUGAUGAACUGUCUGUUUAUUACCAUUGACAGCCUUUUGCCUUCAAGAUGAAAAAAUGUAUUAUGUUGAGAGUCAUGCCCACAUGGAACUCUUAUCCAGAUAAGCAUCUUUGCACCUGUAAAAGGAAAUGAGUGUACUCACUUAAAGGGAUAAAAACCUGAAUAUCUCUUUGAGUAUCACUGUUAAAUGAGAACAAAUGUUGAAGCUGACUUUGAAUAAUAUAUGGAAAAUACUGGUUUAUGAUUAAACAUGUAUGUAACCUUCUGAUCUAUAAUUUGAUGAACCAUUGUAACUAUUUCCUAUUUCACAAUGCUUUUCUGUUAACUUAGGUUUUCUUAAAUACUUUCAUGCUUAACGUGUAGGACUUCAUUCGUAAAUACAACUAGCUAAAAUCCUGCAAAACAAUGCAAAUAUUGCAGGAAACGUUUGGAUGAAAUUUGCACUCUCAGAAGGACUUGACCUAACUUUUGCUUUAGUUUUGCUCGGUUUCUGUAUAAAACUAUAGUUAACAAGAGACUGUCCAUUAAAGUAUGCCAACAGUAUUAUUUACAUGGUGAAUUUCCAGUCUGUGAAAAGUAAGUCAUUUUCAUACUGUGAUAUCCACUGAGUUACCAUGAAAUCCUCAGGUAACUAUGAGGUGUUGCUCUCUCAAAGGAAAUCAUAGUGCAUAGUACAAUAUUCAGCAAUGUUGCAGUGUCUUAGUACAGUUCAGUUCUGAAACUUCCAGGUGCCUGAUCUAGUCAUAACCAGUGGAAUAAUUAAGAUGUGAUUAAUUUUUAACUUAUUUUUCUCUUUAAUGCAAAUUGUCUAGUUUAAAGUUCUUGCAAUAUUUAAAGUAAAUGUUGUCAAUUUGUUUACAAACCAAUAUGUUUAUAUAAACACAGUUAAGAAAUA